GCACAACGACGAUGACUGCCAUGAAGACAACGCAUUCUCAAGUGCGUCUGGUGAACGGGCGUAACAGGUGUGAGGGGCGUGUGGAGGUUUGGCACAACGGGACAUGGGGCACAGUGUGUGAUGACGAUUGGGACAUGGUAGAUGCCAACGUGGUGUGUCGGCAGUUGGACUGUGGUCUGGCCAUGGCGGUGGGCAGCAUCUCAGAGUAUGGCCAGGGCUCAGGGCCCGUCCUGCUGGACAAUGUAGACUGCAAAGGAGGGGAGACAGACCUGGGACAGUGUGGAAGUCUGGGCUGGGGCAUCCACAACUGUUACCACUAUGAGGACGUGUCUGUCGCAUAUACAUCAGUGCCGGAGUCACGGGGCAUGGGCGAGCCCACCACUCCGUCUAGGAGAAACUCAGGGUUAAGAGAUGGUACGAUCCGGUUAGUUGGUGGACUGGACUACUGCCAGGGACGGGUGGAGGUCUACUACCGUGGCAGCUGGGGGACGGUGUGUGAUGACGACUGGGGUAUGAGAGACGCAGGGGUGGUGUGCCAGCAGAUAUACUGUGGCCAUGCCGUUUCCUCCACCACCAACGCCUAUUUUGGCUACGGGACAGGCCUGAUUCUACUGGACAACGUCAACUGUAAUGGCCACGAGAACCAGCUGAGUAAAUGCUACAGCCUGGGCUGGGGGAUACACAACUGUGGACAUCAUGAGGACGCCGGGGUUGUCUGUUCAGGCUCAGGAUCCACUACCGUUCCUCCUAUGAACACUGACACCAUGGGCAAGGGAUUCUUUCAGACUGCCAGCACUGCAGUAACCGACCAAACAGAAUUAGUCACCGAAGCAACUACGGCUGUGACAACGGUUGCCAUGACAACAAGAGAGCGGACCACCAUCCGCGUGGUGAAUGGUAACAGCAGCUGCCAGGGCCGUGUGGAGGUGUUCCACAACAACCAGUGGGGCACGGUGUGUGACGAUGACUGGGAUCUGCCCAAUGCCCAGGUGGUGUGUAGGCAUCUGGGCUGUGGCCCUGCCAUCUCUGCCAAGGUCCUGGCCUACUUCGGCUACGGCUCGGGCCCCAUCCUGCUGGACAAUGUGGACUGUAGGGGCAGUGAAGGGGAGCUGGCGGCUUGUUUCCACCUGGGCUGGGGACAGCACAACUGUGGACAUCAUGAAGACGCUGGAGUCAUCUGUACACCCUUUCAGCUUGUGGGACCUGGAAAUGACUUCGGGAUGACAGAGAGAACGCCCACCACUAGACCACCAAAUGAAGGCCUGGCGAGGCUUGUGGGCGGGCAGCACCGCUGCGAGGGCCGGGUGGAGAUGUUCUCAGGGGCGGAAUGGGGUACGGUGUGCGACGAUGCUUGGGACAUGCCUGAUGCCCAGGUGGUGUGUCGCCAGCUGGGCUGUGGGGAGGCUGCUGCGGCCCGUGGGGAGGCCUUCUUUGGGCCCGGCAGCGGCACCAUCCUCCUGGACAAUCUGAAGUGCAGCGGCUCUGAGGCCUCGCUCCAGCAGUGCUCCCACAUAUCCUGGGAAGUGCACAACUGUGACCACUCUGAAGACGCCGGCGUCACCUGCUCACUGUCGUGAUUCCAGCAGUGAUUCGCCACCAUGGAGCCGCCAAACUCCUCCCAACUCCACUGCCAACUAAUAGGACGGGCACCAUGGGUAGCACAACCCGGGACUUGUAAACAUUAUGUAAAUAACAGCUCAUCCCAAUGCCAAACAUAAGGAAGACCACAACAACAACAAACAAACAAGCAAAGAAAACAAACUAACAUAUGAUGAUAGAUGAUUAAAUAUUAUAAUAAUCUAUUCCUAUUAAGCACUUUAUAAAUAUAUAUGAUAUAAAAUACGCUGUACACAUUUUUUUUAUAUUUGAUAAACAGUGGAAACCAAAGUUUUUAACCGACUCUCUGUCUCUCUGGCUCUUUUCUUUUUUUGUCAAGAUGCUAAAAUAGAGGUAACUAACCCACUAACCCUCUUCUCACUAGCAGCACACACAGCCAUAGUGUACUGUACCAGGGCAUGGUGAGCAACAACAACAACAACAACAACAACAACAAUCCAGGCCCACAAUACCAAAGCCAAACUUAUAGAAAUAGACUCUAUAGAGACUAUAGACUAUCUAUAGAAAAAGCUAUGUAUUUCUAUGGCCAAAUCUAUUUGUUUGAACAUAGGCAGAAAGAUGGACAGUGCAUGUACAUGACACUGUAGUGCUCUUGGCACAUGCUUCCUAAUUUGAUAAGCUUUUUAAUGUAUUAUUCCUGAGCAGAGGUGGAUGUGUAUCUGAAAUCUGAACAUGAUGACUUCCAAAGCCCCAGUAUUUUGGUUAUUUUGCUGAAAUAUUUGUUAUAUUUGACACCUUUAUUGUGUAAAUAAUCACCCUAGCUAGCUUGUGUUCUAUUUUUUCCCCUCUUAUGAAACAUGAUGACCCAUUAUUUUUUGUCUGACUUGUGUAUUUUGAUGUCUGGUUUUGGAAAAGGCUUGCUUGUCUUCACUGUCUCUCCCUCUCUCUUGCUCUCUCUCUCUCUCUCUCUCGCUCUCUCUCUCUCUCUCUGUCAGACACAGUGCUAUUUCAGGUGGAGUAUGGCAUAUGAUCUAAGCCUUAGCUACAUCCUUAAUGUGAAAUGAGUUAUCUUCAAUUAUCUGCUCGUGCCUCUUCAUUUUGUAUUUUGUAUCAGACAUUUCGCACUGCAAGGUGUACAUUUCAUUUCAGUGUGUAAGGAUCUGUGCUUCUGUGUCUGUGAGUUAAUAUUUGUGUGUCUGGCAGGUGAGUCAGAUCUACUGUACUGUUUGUGAAUGUGUGUGUACAGUAUAUACAGUCAGUGACAUGUACACUGAUUGGGGAAUUAUUACAAUAUGGCAGCAG